CGCGUGACUGACUGCGAGCUAAAAAAAAAUUUGUUAACACAACGGAUUGUAAAGUAAUCCUUAUGGAUUAACCCGUCGCCGACUGUUAAAUUAUCUGUUGAACUGGAGCUCCGCCUCAAUCAGAACUGAAAGUAAUGUCAUGUUGCUGAUGACAACGUUGCGAUCUUCUACUGGGAACAAGCUGCUAGCAGCUCACUGUUAUCAGGACUCUACCAGGUUCCACUUCAAAAAGUGAAAGUCAAACACGACCUUCGCAGUGAUUGAUGAUGUACAAACACAGUUCCAUUGUUUCUCACCUGAUCCUUAAUUGUGUGGUGGACCCAUUUAACAUUUCAAUGGCUCUCAGCUUGCUGUGUUUCAGUGACGGCUGACAGAAUACACUCAGCCUCAGCUUCCUUCGAAUAUUCCACUUCUUUGUGAUCCUCAUAGUACGUCUCAGUUUAAGUCUGAGCAGCAUGGAGUCUCAAAGAGACUGAGCGCCCAAUGACUGAGCAGAAAAGAGUCAGCGAUGGAGGAUCUGCCUGUGAGAGAAGGAACUGGUGCCGCAGGCGAGCAAGAAGAGGAUUUUCUAUGCUAGGAUGGUCAGAGACAGUCUGAACGGAGCAUCCUUACAAACCAGUCCACUCCCUCAAGACACAGAGAGCCCUGAACAAUCACAGAGCUCAGAGAAAGUUCAACCAGAGAGCAGAGAGUCCUCAGAGAGGCUAGAUUUACUCCUGAAGAACCUCAGAUGCGAGGAGGAUCCUGAAUCCCGGAGCCUGGCAGUGACUGAAGUGGACAUUGAAAGCUUGCCGACACACCUCCAUCCAUUCAGCAGCGAAGCGGAAUAUAAUCUUGUGAAACGCACAUACCAGCAGCUCCUGCACAGCGGUUACUACUGGGGACCAAUGACCAUGGAGGAAGCACAUAAAAUACUCACACACCUGCCUCAGGGAACUUUCCUCAUCAGGGACAGUGGCCAGCCAGAUGUUUUUUUUACACUGAGUUACCAAAGUGUAGAUGGCCCAACUAGUGUCCGUGUCCAGUUGAACAACCUUCUCUUCAAUCUGUAUGGCAGCCACAGGACUUUUGCUUCACUCUUCGCUCUGCUAGCUUAUUACACCAGUUCACCAUGUAAGCUAACAGAGCCUUAUCGCAAACAGCGUCCAGAGCGCCUGAAGCAGAUGUGCAGGAGAGCUUUUAUACACACACAUGGAGCAGAGAGUAUAAGCACUUUACCUGGACUCACCACUGAAGUUAAAACCUAUGUUCUUGCUUACCCUUACUGUAUAUAGACAAACCUGUGGAAAGAUGAAUCAAGGCAUCAUUUUGUGUUAAUUUACAUUAAAAAAAAUAAAGUUAUAUAUUUUUGUUUUAUAAAUAGGACACACUUUUGUAUCAUAUAUUAAACAAACAUACUUGGAUUAUUUUAUUCACAUACUUGUGUUUUUUGUACACAUUAUCAAAACAGUAAGUUAUAAGUUUAGUAUGUUACUGUCAUUGCUGUUUAGAGGUGCAUCAAUCGAUGUUUGGCUGCUGAUGAACGCAGUGCAUGAGCAUGCUGCCAGCUUCAAGUUAUAUGACUAAAAUUUAGAAGUUGACUGAAAGGUGUGUUAUGUGCAUGGAAUUCUGGGCCCUAUAUACAAACCAUCUUGGUGAGUUGCUAUGUGGAUUUAAUCAUUAGUUCUCACCUAUUACAUUUCCCAUGGUAUAAGAAAAAGAUAAUAAAUAUGAUCUUACGCAGGGGUGUCACACUCCAGUCCUCAAAGGCCGGUAUCCUGCAAGUUUUCAUUGUUUCCCUGAUCUGUGGUUCAUGAUGUUAAACUUUGCUAAUACUUAUGUUACAAUGUUAAAGUGGUACUAAAAGAUUCAGUAUGUAUGAUUGUUAUACAAUAAACUUGUUGCUAGGCUACACCAACAAACACAUGAGUCAUGUUUUGUAUUGUACCACCUGUCUGCCUGUAAACUUCUGUGUCUUAUAACAUGCAGGCUGGGCAGCUUUCUGGUUCAUGUUACUCCCUUGUUUUUGUAGUUAAUGCAGUGAUUGAAAUAAUUCAGUAAUUAUUAAAAGAUUUCCCUUUUUCCAGGUUGGAUAUUGUUAUAAGGUGUUAAAUCUGACUCAAAAGCACCAACAUAUAAUAAUCAGACUCUGACUUUAUCAGUCAUUGUGGCCUUAGGUUGGAAAAUUCUCCUCCUAUUUUAUUAAUUUAAAAAAAAAAUGGUAGAUCAUUUGUUAUCAGCAUUACAGACUUCAGGGUCUGUUGCAUUUUUCAGAUAACAUGAUGACAGUGGCAUCAUCACAAUCCUGAAAUUACAAUGAAUUCGUUGAUAUAAAAUAUGUCAUGACUAGUCACUGGGUAAGGAGUAAAAUAUUGAUACAAAGUUAAUCUGUUUUUUACUGUAACAUCAAAUGAUUUGCCGUAAAAUCUUUGAUGAAUGUCUGAUAGUAAUAAAUCUGUAUUGUCUCUACAUGAAUCCUAACGAGCUGCCUAUAAACAACUGCUGCUAUCAGCUCAGACUGCGUUAGUUCAGGUGCUGCUCACCUCUCAUCUCUAUGAAAUUA